GGCAUGUGGAUGAAGAUGCAUGAAGUCUUCUAAUCCUGCACAGCUGGGAAGCCAUGUUAAGGAGGAUUUCAGCAGCAAAUUAACACCAAUUUGUUAACUAUUUUACUUGUUGUUUGUAGUGCACAUUAUGAAACUUUACUCACAUAAUGACUCUCACAUCUCUUUUGCUAUUUUCAAGAUGGAGGAAGAGUGUGACAAAGGUCAUGAGGUAUGGAGUGACUCCGGAAAACAUCAUCCUGUAUGGGCAGAGCAUAGGGACAGUGCCGACGGUGGACCUGGCGGCCCGGUACGAGUGCGCGGCAGUGAUCCUCCACUCUCCCCUCAUGUCCGGCUUGCGUGUGGCCUUUCCCGACACCCGCAAAACCUACUGUUUCGAUGCCUUCCCGAGCAUCGACAAGGUGUCAAAGGUGGCGUCUCCAGUCCUGGUCAUCCACGGCACAGAAGACGAAGUGAUCGAUUUCUCCCACGGUUUGGCCAUCUACGAGCGAUGCCCGCGCGCCGUGGAGCCUCUGUGGGUGGAGGGCGCCGGGCACAAUGACAUCGAGCUUUACGCUCAGUACCUCGAGAGACUCAAACAGUUCAUCACGUUUGAGCUGGCUACCUCCUGAAGACGCGGUGCAGCGCAGCAGGCCGAGGCGCACACACACUCCCGCGUGUCGUGUAGGGUUCCUCUUUACCCAGGGCUGAGGACGCCAUUAGUACUUGCACUUGCUGACGAAAAAAGCUGAAGUCUCUCUCUUGAUAUUUAGGAGCGGGGCGUUUUCAUCCCUAUGGGGGAAAUGUGUUUUAAUGAUUUCGAACCACUUUCUAUUCUUUUAUACUUGAUGAAGAAAUGUUGACAUUUUGCACCGCAUUCAAUAAGUUGCAUUUGAUGAUUAGAUUUUUCUCCAGGUUUUUUUUUUUUUUUAAAUGCUCCUCAAGGGUUAAUUAAACUGCACUUUUAUUGUGCAGGUAUUUUCAGGUUAUUAUAUAUAUACAUUUUUUUUUCUAUGAUCUUUUUUUGGUGGUAAUUGUCAUAGCAUUCCCGUUUUAUGUUUCAAGUAGAUUAGUACAAGAGAAACCAGUAACUGACUUUUUACUUGGCCAGUUUGUGUGUGUGUGUGUGUGUGUGUGUGUGUGUGUGUGUGUGUGUGAGACAUGCGUUUGUGUGGUAAAGGCCGCUGACUGUCGGUCGAAAUAAUUGUAGCGGGCUAAUUAAAACUGGAAGACCCGUGGAAGUGACUUGACCCGUAAAUAAUGAGACGUACUGUCUGUGACUUCGAAUACAGUGGGGAAGAGAGUCGUAUCGUAUUUUUUUCAGCAGUGAAACACGGUGCUUUGUCGCAACACAGCAUUCAGGGCAUUGUUUUGGCGCAAACACUACAUCGUUCUAAUCGUGGGUUGUAUUAAAAAGUUGAAAUUUCAAGCUUUCUCUGUUGCUUUUAGCAUUGACCUUAUAAUAAGCCUUACGUUUUCAGACAUUUCGCUCUGACAUUCCUGUCAAUGAUUUCUCGGAAAUGGGAUUUUCUCUGGACUCCCUCUCGCUGCUACUCUAAUGGGGAAAUUCACUGUGAAAACUGAACCUUCGCUACAUAUAAAUAAGGUACCGCACCUCCUCACCGCUUUUUGACGUUCAUCCUGUUUCCCAAACAUCGGACAAAUCACAAAACCCAGGAAAAAGAAUUAUUCAUUCAAUGUUUUUUUCCCCCCAUACGGAGAAUGAAGGACUGUGUUUGUAGACAUUUCAUCAUAACGCUACACGACAGGAUGAUCAGAGCUGUUUUCUGCGCUAAUGAAGGACGUCGAUUGUUACCAAACAGGUGCGAUCGUCUGAUUGUGUUUUUAGCGUAUAGCAGAAGUUGUUGUUGGUAAACUUGACUUGUCGUAUUGCUGUAAGGUUAUGCAGUGGCGGUUCAUGUAUGAUGAUGUUCGGAGAUGAAGCUCUUUGAGACUCUUUUUAAAGAAUGGCAGAAACUGACCACAUCUGAGCCCGUCAUUGCUUUUGAUACUGACAUUUUUACAAUGUUUUUUCAGUAAUUAUUAAUAUUUACACCUCUUUUAAUGCUGGUUUGUAAGAUAACCGUACUAUACAUCACCCCCCUCUCUCUCUCUAUAUAUAUAGGUCUGUAAAAUAUGAAGUAAAUGGUAUUUAGCUUUGAUUUUUAUUGACACUGGAAUCACAGUAUGCAAAUAUAAUGCAGAGAAAACCCUAGUUGGUACAGACACUUUUGUGUGUAGGUUUCUUUGUUUUUGUUUUUUUAUAUAUAUCUUUAAAGCCUUAAAUGUGCUGCGAGAAAAUUAUUGUUCUUGAUGUAGGUUGUUGCUUCAUUGCAACACAGUGGUUAUUGUACUGCAUAUAAAGGAAUAAAGGAUGCAUGGAAACCCAAA